AAUAAUUACAUACAUAUAGCCAUAUAAAUUCAUAAGGUGUGGACUCAUAUGAGUAUUGCAACACCAAAUUAAUAAUUGGCAUUCCCAUUAUCUUCUAACAGCCGUCAAUUUUUUGAAAAAAAUUUCAAAUUUACAGACACUUUAGUAGAAUUGAAUUAAAAAAAAAAAAAAAAACGCUAUAAACCUUGUACUCCAGUUCAGUAAGUGAUAGAGUGAUAGCCGUUAGGACGUUACACAGGCUCAAAUUUCAAUUUUGAUCAGUGCCAACCCUAAACAAGAGUCAAUGGAAACAGGGUCGAUUGAAGUUGCAAAAGUCGGUGGCAAAUCCACCGUAUCCCGCUGUUUCUCCAAGUAUCCCCUCAAAUUCAUUGUACCCAAUAAGGUGGGUAAUAGAAAUGCUGAUUGCGUCUGGAUUUACUCUCUUAGCUAUGGAGGUGGAAUUGUUUCUGGUGAUUCAAUAAAAUGUAAUUUUACCAUUGGAGAUGGGUGCACUGCUGUGUUGACUACACAGACUUCAACUAAGGUAUACAAAUCUGUUGCAUCAAAGGGCUCAGAGCAAAUUUUGGAGGCACGGGUUGGACAUGAAGCGUUACUUGCUAUCAUUCCAGAUCCAGUGACAUGUUUUGCUACCGCAAGGUAUACUCAAAAGCAAGUAUUCAGGGUGCUGUCAGACUCAAACUUAUUGGUUGUUGAUUGGUUUACAAGUGGACGCUAUGAAAGCGGAGAAAGAUGGAAUUUUGAAUCAUGCAAGAGUACCAACAAUAUUUUCUGUGAAGAUGGCCAACCUUUGUUUCUUGAUACGAUACUGUUGGAGAAAGGAGCCACUAGCAGUAUUUCAGAGUGCAUGCAGGAUUAUCAAGUUACAGCAAUGAUCGUAGUAUUGGGACCAAAGAUGAAGCCAUUACAGAAGCAGGUUCAAAAAAAUGUAGAAAAUAUGAUGUCUGGAUAUUUUCAAGUCAAAACUAACAUUCCAAGGCUUAGCAUGAGAACAAGUUCUGAGGUUUGCUUCACAAAACCAAGCUUUAUUGCAUCGUGUAGUACCUUUGGCCCUGAGGGUGUUGGUCUUAUCGUCCGCAUAGCAGCUCUAACGACUGAACCUGUGUAUCAAUUUUUACACCAUCAGCUGGCUUGCUUAGAGCCAUAUCUUGGGGCCUGUCCAUAUACCUGAAUGCCCUGGUGAAAUUGGGUUCUGCAUCGGUAAUAAUUGGCAAUAAACUGCCCAUUGAUGUUAAUGCUGCAAUUAUAUGUUGAAUUUCAGUGAAGUCGAAUGAUUUGUUUGCUGACUCAGAAUCUAGUGCUACAUAUGCAAGCUACAAUGUCAUCAUAUUGAUUGAAACACAACUUUCAAUGGUUUUUGAACUGUCCUUGUGUAGGAUUUGAAAUUGUAUAGAGAAAAUGGAUUGGAUAAUAAUACCACAACUAGACAAUAAUAUUGUAUUUACUCUUCUCUUUGACACAAACCAAUACGACUCUGGUUCAACUUGAUUUUCCCUUCAUAA